CAGGGAACAAGUGUGCAGGGUUCACACAGACUUUGACAGCUGCUAACACUCACAGAUUUCACCUGAUCUCCAGAGCAUUUGGGAGUUCGAUAAGAGUGGCAGUUCCUCUUUCACCAACUAUCUUUGAUGCAGACAAAGACAUUUUUUCGCAUGAAGAUCCAUUAAUAAUUCCCAGGGGAAAACGGCAAACAUUUAAAAAGAAAAGCACCUUUAAAGGCUAAACGAUGGCCAACUUUGGAGGACACGCCCUUCCUGGUACCUUCUUCCUGUUUUAUGGCUUUUGGCUGACAGUGAAACAUACUCUCCAACAAUACUGGAGGAUGAGUCAGCCCAACAAAAGACAGGGCAUGCCACCUUUAUUUAAAAAAUUGGACUACAUCGAAGGAGGAUUCAAAAUAUUUGCCUCGUUUGUGGGUAUUAUGGUGGAACAGUUUGUGAUGGAUGGGCCACACGCCCACCUGUACGACAGAGACAACCAAUCCUGGGUGAAGCUGAUGAACUGGCAGCACAGCACCAUGUAUCUGUUCUUUGGGAUCUCAGGGAUAGCAUUGAUCACCAGCACCAAAUCCAAACAGGUGCCACCUGGCAUUGACCGCCUUGCUCUCUCCAUCGCUCUUUUUGUGGAAGGCUUUCUGGUCUAUUCCACAUGCGUGAAAAGUCCCCGCCUUCUGGACGCCCACAUCCACUCGCUGCUGCUCGUGGCUGUGUUUGCUGGAGCAGCUAGCACCAUGUUGGAGGUGUUCAUAGACAACUUUGUUCUGGAGCUGCUCAGGGGGUGUCUUUUCAUCCUGCAGGGCUCAUGGUUCUUCCAGAUUGGAUUUGUUCUGUACCCUUCAAACGGAGGCGAGUGGGACUUGACACUGCACAACAACGCCAUGUUUUUCACAAUGUGCUUCUGCUGGCACUUAGCUGUCGCCCUUCUUCUGGUCGCCUGCACAGUGUGUGUGGUUUCUUGCACAGUGAGGACAUUCUCCGGAAAGGGACAGGAUACAGAAAUUGGAGUGAGAAACACAUCCUCAAGUGCAAGUUGCGAGAAAGCUUUGCUUGAAGAGUCUGAUGGAGAGUGAAGGCUGUCAAGAUUUUAAAUCUAUGUUUGUCUGUGUGCGUGUGUGUCUGUGUAGCAGUGUUAAUUUUGGCAGCCAUUUUUGAUUUAGUCUAAAUCUUAGUCCUUAGACGAAAAUGCAUAUUAGUUUUAGUCACAUUUAGUCAUUUUUAUCCUUCUUAGUUUUAGUCUAGUUUUCGUCACAUUUAAUAGCCACAUUAAACUCUAGCUGGCAGUACUUAGGUUGUCCAUUAGAUAUCCCUCUUAGCAUAGGUCUAUAGCAGGGGUCGGCAACCUUUACUAUCAAAAGAGCCAUUUUGCCCCCUCUUCCCCAAAAUAAAAUUUGUCUGGAGCUGCAAAACAUAUUUGAUAACAAAGCUAAUACAUUUUUAUAUAAAGUUAUACUAUACUAAACCUAUUUGGAAAUAAAUUAAACACAGAACUAUGUAGGGCUAUUUGAAUCCUCCCCAUAUUUGUGAGAAAUGUAUGAAAUAAGAAGUAGCACACACACACACACGCAUAGUGGCUUGGUGUUAAUCUUGAAGCUGGUUAAAAUGUGUGUGCGUCACAUUUCUGUUUAAUCUUGCACCUGCCUGUUAUGGGAACUUUGAAUCUGUGACAUUCAAUUCACUGUACUUCUACUUGUUCUCAUGUAUACGUUUUUUUAGAUUGUGCAUGCUUACUGAAGACUCACAAGGCUUCAGCUGAUUCAAGGCUUUUUCUCAAAACUUAAAAUCGCACUGUCAUGAUAUGAAGCGGCUCUUCGUCAUUUCCUGAUUCGAACCCGGGAUGAUGGUACUACAACUGUGCAACAUCAGGGAGGACAUUCCCUCGUUAUUGACCUAUCCUGUUCUACCUACUGUUCUAAAAUAUUACACGCCGUACGUGUGGGGCUAUUAUUUACUACCCCGUGCUACUGAUUUAGCCAAGGCUGUGCGUGAGUGCCCAUAGCUAUGCUGUUAAAUUUCCAUUGCUUCUUAAUAAAUACUUGAUUGAACCAAA